ACCAUGAAGAUCAGAUGCCUUGCCCUUUUGUGCGCUCUGAUUGUGUUCUCUCAGAUCCUACACACUGACUGUGAAAGACAGAAAGAGAGAAAGAAAGAGCCAACACGCCCAGGGAAAGGUGGAAGGCAAGGUCGAGGACAGAAAGGCGCCCAUAAAGGCAGGUUUAUCAGCAAAGAGAAGUCUCCAUGCACUUGGACACUGAGUGAAAGCGAGACGGCUACCUUAAAAAUAGAUUGCAAGAGAGAGGACCACAACGUCUCCUGUGUAUUUUCAGGCAACCCUUCCUCCUGCCCACAGUUUUCAGAAAAUAGGAAGGCCUUCUGGAAGCAAAUCACCAGGUCUCUCAAGAAGAAGAAGAACAUCUGUGAGGACCCAAAAGAGGUUUUGAAAUCUUCAGUGUGCAAGAAGGGACCAGCAAGCGCUCACCUUCGACUGGUAAGCUCACCCAGUUCCAAACAAGAGAAUCCAGUUCUCCAGGGAAGGGAGACCUCGUUGGCAACAGCAUCUCCUAAUACUCCUAAAAAUCUACCAGAACGAGGAUCCAGUGACUGUGUUGAAGAUGUAGAUUAUAUUGAUCAGAGAAACGUGGCUGAAGAAUACUGCUCAGAGUUAUGGCUAUCUCUCUGUCACUUUGUUGUUAAAAUGUUACAAGAUAAAAAAUGUAAGUAA